CUCAGAUAAUGUAUGUAUACAUAUCACUUAGAUAUAUCAGGUUCAUAGAAUAGUUGUGGUACGAACGUCUCUAUCGACACUUCUAUACAUCUCAAACAAAAAUAUAAGUUAGUGAUACAAAAUGGAAUGUCUACCGGAAUUAGUGAAUUCAACGCUAGUCAAUACACCUAGUGCACUCUACGUAAUGGCCAUGCUCUCUUUGCUCUCCGGUCCUUGUAAAUUGGAUGCGAAGAGUGGAUACCCGGACGAUCAUAGCAACAAUUUAAGAGAUGGAGAUUCUUUCGAUUUCAUCGUGGUUGGCGCCGGUUCGGCUGGAUCAGUUCUUGCAAACCGAUUAUCGGAGAAUCCUGCGCAUAAAGUUCUCUUAGUAGAAGCUGGAGGACUCCCAACAAUGUUGUCAGAGAUUCCAAUGGCUUUCUAUUGGCAACAAAACACGGAGUCGGAUUGGCGAUAUAGGACGGAACCCACUGACAAAGUGUGUUUGGGUAUGGUAGAUGGUAGAUGCAAUUGGCCAAGAGGGAAGAUCCUCGGUGGAUCUGGAGCUUUGAACGCGAUGAUUUAUGUUAGAGGCAACAAAAGGGAUUACGACCGUUGGGCCGAGAAGGGAAACGAUGGAUGGGACUACGAGUCUGCGUUAGAGUACUUCAAGAAAUCCGAAGAUGUGCAGAAGGAGCAGUACAAAAGCUCUGAAUAUCACGGAACCGAUGGUAUUUUAUCCACAAACUACGUAUUGGACAACGAGAUUUUGAGGGAGAAGCUUUUGAGAGGCUUCAACGAGACUGGUCUUCCGUGGAACGAGGACGAGCAACCAAUUGGCGUUUACGAAUGUUUAACCACCACCAAAAAUGGACAGCGUCACAGUUCGGCCAAAGCGUUCUUAAAGAAUCUGAAAAGACCCAAUCUGUUUUUAUCAAUUAAUACAAUUGUCACCAAAGUAUUAAUAUCCAAUGGCAAAAGCGUCGGAAUUCGCAUGAAAGUCAACAAUAAAAUAAUCAAUGUUAAGGCGAGAAAAGAAGUUAUCCUUUCUGGAGGAUCUGUAAACACACCGCAACUGCUAAUGCUUUCAGGAAUUGGCCCAAAAGAGCAUUUGGACGCAAUGGGAAUUCCUGUAAUCAAAGAUUUACCAGUGGGAAGGAAUUUGCAGGAUCAUUUAGCAACUUUUGGUAUAGCAGCGAAACUGGAUUCGGCUGAGGGGAUUUCGAUUUCCGAUGAAUUUUACAAAUACAUAACUAAACGAGAAGGAAUCUUCGGCGGCAUUGGCGUUACCACCGUAAUGACAUUCCUCAGUACAAAGAAUGAAGAGUAUCCGGACAUCCAAUUGCACUUGCUGCAAUCGUACCAAAAGGAAAAGGACAAUUUGGAGACGACACUAACCCAAAUUGGUUUCAACGAAGUAUCCAAGAAGAGUUUACUGGAUGUUCUCGACAACCACGAUACGCUCAGUCUGGUGUUAACUUUAUUGAAUCCGAAAUCCGUGGGUUAUUUGGAGCUGAAAUCCGCGAAUCCAUUCGAAGCGCCCAUCAUACACGCUAAUUAUUUCUCGCGUAACGAAGAUUUGGAAACGCUGGUCGAUGGAGUGGAGUUUAUAAAUAAGCUGAUGAAAUCGGAAGCGCUUAAAGAUCUGCACCCGGAACUGGUGGAUUAUGAAAUUCCAAACUGUUCAGGGCUCGAGUUCGGAAGCAGGGAUUAUUGGGCGUGCAACAUACAGAAUUUCGCGUCCACACUCUAUCAUCCUAUUGGCACGUGCAAAAUGGGUAAAUUGGAGGACGGCGGUGUCGUUGAUAGCAGAUUGAGGGUGCACGGCAUUGAAAGGUUGAGGGUGAUCGACGCCAGUAUUAUGCCCGAUAUUGUGAGCGGAAACACGCACGCCCCGACAGUUAUGAUCGCUGAAAAGGGAGCGGACAUGAUAAAGGAUGAUUGGAUGUAAUUAAGCAUCGUGCAUAAUUAGACAGGAAUAUUUGUUUACUGCUAGUUAUAAUUACUACGAUAAUUAUUCAAAGCCUUAUUUAUUUUCCACUAAAUUUACGUGUAUGAAUGUGGAACAAAAAGUUAUAUGAUGUACAGUAUUUAAAUAAAUCUAAAU